AAAAAUGUCGGCUGAGACCUACGUUAUGGAGAUUGAUGGAGGACCGGGAGACUUGCAUUGCAUGAAGUGUCUCAAAAUCUGCAACUACUUGAAGGACAGUUAUUGCUGCAAGAAAACAAAAAAUAUGACUCUUCCACAGAAAAAAGCGGAGAGCGCCUUUUUGAUGAUCUGUCUUCAACGCAACACGAUCGAGCUCAUGGUCACUGCCCUGCUGGCCAAUAAGAAAAUUAUCGAUUCAAAGGGUAACUGUGCGUUCUGCCGCAACAAAAAACAACACGAGGAGGAAAAGUGGUGCGCUGGAAGGACCAAGCUUCAGCUCUUUUUACAUCGAAUUGACAAGGAUGAACUAAAAGUUGAGGAAUAUCUCGAGAAGUAUCUAGAGAUUAAAACCAGAAAUCGCAUGGAACAAUUGGACAUUGUUCAAGCCAGAAUUGUAAGAGAGAUGAAGGCUGUAGCAAUUGCUCAGGGAAAAUCAGAAGAGGAGGUUGAGCACAUUCUGGCAAAGCAAGGACGUAAAGCUCGUCGAAUGCAAAGAUCUGAAUACAAACACGCAGAGGAAGACAAUAAAGGUGUUCGCCAAAGACUUGCCGCCAAACUUGUGGCCAAGAAAUCGGAAAUUAUUGAGCGUUUCUGCCUUGCUCAACGUACUGUCUUUGUUAAAGCAGAUUGUCCAAAUGUCUAUGGCCGGACAACCACUCACAUUUCCUAUCUUUUAGAAUAAGUUGCUGUCGUCGUUGCACUGUUAUCUUGUUUCACUACUGCACAAAAAGUGGCUCACAAAAAAAUCCUGUAAAAUUGUCUAUAAAAAUUCACCGUCAAUCUCGAAUAUCACUACUCCUCAUAUUAUUUUCUGAAAUGUUUUUUUUUAAACUUAUCUGUUGAUUGUAAUAAACUUGUAAUUUACAAUUCAUCCUUAUAGUUUUUUGAAUCUACCCUACCUUAUUUUUUGCCAAAUGAAUAUUUUUGAAACUC